AUGAAAGCCGCCUUUCCACUCAUUGCCUUGGCCGCCUCGGCCUGGGCUGCCAACAUCCCGGCCAGAGAGAGGGCACUGGUUGAGAGGACGUAUGGGAACUCCGGGAACUAUGGGAGCUCUGGCAACUACGGGAGCUCCGGCGGGAACUAUGGGAGCGGUGGAAACAACGACAAGCCCCACGAGGACUGCGACUGCGAGACGGUGACUACCAAGGUCAUCGUGACCUACACCACCGUCUGCCCCGUCACCGAGACCGUCACCCAGUCCGGCUCCACGUACACCACGACGCACACCACGACCAGCACGGUCGAGACGAUGGUCCCCACCACCGUCGUCGUCACCAGGACGGCGCCGCCAGUGACCCAGACGACCGAGAAAGUCGUCUACACCACCAAGACUGAGUUGUGUCCCGUCACUGAGACCAAAGUUGUCGGCGGCUCGACGGUCGUGAUCACCUGGACGUCGACGUCGACCAUCGUCAGCAAGGUGCAGCAGACACACACCGUGCUGUCGACGACGGUUGCGACCGUCACAAGCGAGGUCCAGCAGACACAAGUCGUGUUGUCAACGGCGCUUGCAACCGUCACAAACGAGGUCGAGCAGACGCAAGUCGUGGUGUCGACAGAGGUUGCGACCGUCACAAACGCCGUCCACCAGACACAAACCGUGGUGUCGACGGAUGUUGAGACCAUCACCACCAAGGUGCAGCAGACUCAGACUAUCUUCACGACGUCUGUGGCGACUCAGUAUGAGACCACCGACAUCUACACGACGCUCAGCUACCCUGUCACCACCUACACCACCGUCUCCAAGGAUACCACCAUAGAGGUGACCAAGACCGACACCAUCACCGUCACCAACACCGACGUGCACACCGUGACCGCAUGGAUCCCCGUGACCGUCACCACGCACGUGCCCGUCACCGUCACCGUGCCCGUGACCAGCCAGGAGACGGUGACGGGCUACUCGACGGUGAUCGUGUCGGCGGUCGACACGGUGUACGAGUCGAGCACGCUGCCGCCGACGACCGUCAUCGUCGAGACCUCGUACACGCUGCCGCCCUAUCAAACAACGUACAUGAUGUCGUCGGCGGACUCGUCGUCGGCCGAUUAUACCUCGGUUUAUGGGUCGUCCGAGACCCCCUGCGAGACCGACACCAUCUACAGCACCGUCACCACCACCGAGUACGGCAUGUACAGCAUGUACAGCAGCAUGGCGACCACCAUGGCCACCGUGACCACCACCGCCGCCGCCGGCGGGGCGGAUUCGUCCUCCGCGGAUUCGUCUUCGUAUUCAUCUGCGUACUCGUCCGCGGAUUCGUCCUCGUCCUCUUCCUUCUCCGCCCCCUCGGGCUGGCCGUACACCUACCCCGCGGGCUCGUCCAACGGCACCGUCACCACCUCCGGCCCGCCGCCCAUCGCCACGGCUGGCGCGAGCCGCUUCGGUCCGGCCGUCGCGCUCGUCGUCGCGGGUGUGCUCGGCGCCGCCGUGCUCAUCUGAGCCGCCCUCCCUCCCUCAGUUUCGUUCCCCGAUUCUCGGGGAAUCCGUUCACUUCUCUAUCUCUCUCUCUCUUAUUGGUUGGCUUUUACCUUUGGUGCAUGAAUAGUGGGAGCGAGGCUAUUCAACACGUCCCCCCUCCCCCUCAGCCUGAUGAGCGUUUGGUUGGGUUUGUCAUCCGCAAAGCGAGCGAGCGAGCGAGCGAGCGAGCAGGCAAGCAGGCGAUGUCGCACUCCCUUUGGUAAAAAUGCAUUUUACUUCCGGUUCAUGGAGUCGCUUGGGUUGGGUUCCUGUUGUUAUCACUUGUUGCUUGCUUACUGCACAACGGAGCAUAUAACGGAAGGGUUGGAGGCGCAAAACAUGCCGGGCACGGUCACUGUCUCAAGCCCCGCGCCGCACGGCGGAGCGGAAGUCGUGGGGAGCUGGUGUGCUGCCGCGGGACUGGGAAUGGCACCGGCCGGUGGUCGGGAGACUGGUAUGGAUCGUGCCCGGGGGGAAGCAGGGGGCUCCUACUUUCUGGAUGGUAUUUGAUGUGUGGGAGAGGAGCGGUGGGUAAUGGGUAUGGCUGAGUUAAUGUUUCAUGUGCAUAUACCAUAGGGAGUAUCACAUAGAACGGAAAUCAUCGUUUAUUAACCUG